UUUCGGUAUAAAUUCGGUAGAAGGCAUGCCAAAGUAAUGAAAAACUCACAGGCGAAACGGAAGCAAUCGAAGGUCCUAUAUAUCCCCUAUACAUGCAUAUAUUCAGAGUGAUCGAGAGACAAAGUGAAGCAACAGGGAAAUCGAGGUCCGUGAGCAGGAAGCAAACCUUCUCUUUUUCCCCCUGCCCUCUCUCUCCUUCUCGCUCUUGCUCAACGCUGCCUCAAAUCUCCGAGGCAUCGGGCGGAAGAAGAAGCAGAAGACAGAAGAAAUUGAAGUUACGAAUACACAGAGAGAGAGAGAGAGAGAGAGAGAGAGAGAGAGAGAGGGAGGGAGCUUGAGGGUGAGGGAGAGGAGAAAUGUCGAAGAAGAAAGUGAGUGGGAACACCAUGACUCUUAAGGAUUUCCAUGGCGGCUCAAUUCCCUCUGAUCUCUCUCUCCCUUCUGCACCCGGAGUAUUUCUCGUUCUUUAUUUUCCUCAAUAGAACUGUGAGGCCGUCGGAUCAUUCGGGUCAAGACCGUCCAAACUCAUGGGGAAACCCAAUUGGGAGACCUGAUAACUGGUCUCGGCCACAGUCCUCUCCUGCGACGAGGCCUUUCGAUGAUAAGACUCCUUUUCUCACUCAUACUGCCCGCAUAGGCCGGAACUUUGAUGAGGAUGAGCGAAAACCCCUUGAUGGAAUUUCGGCCCCUCGUCGGACUAUCAGCGAUGAGAGCAUUCAGGUCCCUGCAUCCCGUGUUGAGCUGAAGUCCGAGUAUGGGUCAAGUGGGAGUUUAGUGGGUUGGCAGGGGUUGGCUCCGAGUGGGGUGGUGAAUGCCUAUGCGGCUAAGGUUAAUGAGGUGACUCAUGUUGGUGUUAAUUCACAGAACUUAGGUGGGAAUAGUGGGCUGGCAGUUGGUGGAGGUUAUCCCAAUGCGUGGGCAGCAAGGAAGGAGAUGGUUGGGGUUAAUGAACCAGUGCAACAAUCUGCCUGGUCUGGACCAACAGCUGUCUUGAAGUUGGCUCGUGCCAGUGCACUUGAAAAGGUGUCUUCAGGUCGAUGGCAGUCAAAGCAUGCGAUCCAUUUUCAGGCAGAUGUUGAGGAUUUGAUGUCACCCAAAAUUGAGACCGUCUUUCAGUCCAACAGUUAUGGUAGUAGUAGCCAUGAGAGGGUUGAUGUUUUGGGUGGAAGAGAUUAUCAGGAUGCAACCUUGGCGAGGCAGGUUGAAAGGGGUCUGCAUAUUGAGGAUGGGGUUCAAGCUGCUAGGAAGGAGUUGCCGAGAUAUGAAAUGGCUAUGGGUCCCAAGUAUUCAGAUGUAAAAGAGCGGAAUGCUGCAAUUCAUACAGAUAGGACUCCACUUGCUCGUGAUGAUGGAAGACUUAGUGGAUCUGAAUUGCAACCCGCAGUGCCUUUAGAACCAUCAGAGCGACCCAAGUUGAAAUUGCUUCCCAGAACAAAGCCAUUAGAAAGUUCAGAAAAACCUGCAAUCGAUCAUAGACAGGGGUGUCAACGAGUGAAUGACACUGGUCAUGCUGAAGCUUUUGAAGUCUAUGGGAAUAUGUAUCCUACAAAACUUAGCAUGGCAAUCACUGAGAGUGUGCCACAGGCUUUGGAGCAUCCCAAAUUGAGUUUAAAGUCUCGGUUGCAGCCUCUUGAGCAAUUGGAAGGAAGUAUUGAAAAAGAUAGGAAUGCUGUGUUUGGUGGUGCUCGUCCACGAGAACUGGUUCUGAAGGAGCGAGGGAUUGGUGAUGUUGAGAUCAACAACCAUGACUUGGUUCAACAAUUCGAUAGGACUGAGCAUAAUGUUCCCAGGAUUGAAAGAGACAUGAGAGGAAAGGAUUGGAAGGAGAAUCCAAUUCUUGCUGAGAACAGUGAAAAAACUGAGAGUCCUCUCCUUGAUGAAAAGAUCGGAAAGAGAUAUGAGAGGAAAGAUCAUCGGCAAGACAUUGAGAGAGUUGACGUGCAAAGGAGGAACUGGCGUAAUGAGAGCUGGAGGAAUAGCAGAGAGACUGAAAGGAAUCAGCAGCAGGUUGAGAGGCCACCUUCACCAGAGACUUGGCGCAAGCCUGUAGUGCAGGUAAAACCUGACUCCCCCGACUCCGGUGGUCCACGCCAUGGAAAAGUGGCCUCAGCCAUUGAGCUUGCCCAAGCAUUCUCUAGGUCAGUCUCGGAUCCAAAAACAGCUGAUCACUUUUCCGGCCAAAGGGGCCAUCCUGGCCGGACUCAAAUGCCUUUCUCACGGCUGAUGGGUCCGACCCCGAGGCCUCAGAUUAAUGGUUACUGAAUGUUUGAGUGAUUUCACGUGCAAUUGGGCAUAUAUGUGUCAGAAGAAUGUGUGGGGAUACAACAUUGUGUAGAUGUGAAAGUACUCGCCAAGUGAUGGUAUCUGCUGCUGAUUUUUUCCAUGGAAAAUAAUUGUCCUACAAAAUUGAUUACAACAACCAGCCCGACUUGUGCCAUCAUCUCUUUACUUAGUGUCCUCGUUCUAGUCUGUCUAAUCUUUUUUAAUUUUUUGCGUUUUCCUCCGUUCACAAAUUUAUUAGGAGGAAUUGUUCUGUUGUUGCCCUUUUGUCCGAGAGACGAGGCCACUCCAGGUUGAGUUUACAAUUUGCAUUCACGGUAUUGAAAGUGUUGAACUGGUUUUUCUUGCU